UCCUUAAGGAAGUUAAGGGGAGGUGAAUGUUUAUAGAGAAAACACAGUGCAGUGGGACGGGGAUCCUUAAAUCCCACCUAAGGAAGAACACAACUAUUCCAUUAACAUCACACACCACAUCACUUACACAUUUACAAAGGUUGGCAUCUCUGCAUCGUUAUUUUUUAAUUAUUCGUCCAUAUACUGGUUGUGAGAUUGAUAUACAAUGAUGGCAAAUUAUUUAGAAAAAUAAUUUCAAAUUUUUGCAAAAAUAUUUUUAUCAAAUGCAAACAAUUAUGACAUAUUCUUUCAAAAUGUUUUUUGUGUGUAGAAUCUCAGGCUCUAAUCUGAACAGAACUAGUGAUAGAAAAGCUUGAGCAGAACUAGUCAUAGAAAAGCUUGAGCAGAACUAGUGAUAGAAAAGCUUGAGCAGAACUAGUGAUAGAAAAGCUGUGUUUAACUGUUAUUGGUGUCAACAGUGUGAUUAAGGUUUCAUGUUUCAGUUACCUUCAUUUCUGAUCUUUUAUAUUUUUAAUGUCUUAAUUUAUUUCUUAUCUCCCUAACUAUUGUUUGACUUCAAACCCAGCCUUAUUUUCAUGCAGUUGCGAGCUACUCUAUAACAGGUGUCAUGCUAACAGGAUGAUCGACUGACAGUUGGCUUAAGUAAUGAGCAAAAUAAAAUUUAAACACUUUGUAAGAAAAAAUGAACACCUUUAUUAGAUGAAAUGCAGUUUUGUUUUCUCAUCUUCAAUUUCAUACCAGAUGACCUUUAGGCUUAUGUAUGAUAUGCAAGACUUAUUACCUACUCAGCAGUAGACAUAUCAAAUAUACAUUGCCCUCGAUCUUGCUAUAGUGUCGCCAAGUAAUUAUUACGUUGUACGAAAAAAAUUCAGACAGGACUGUUGACGCCAUAUUUGCCUUAUAUUAGCAUUCUGCUACACAUUAUUUCAUGGUUGAACAGUUCAUCUGUUAUUUUCAACACCCUCAAUCCAAAGCUUCCUCCGAAAACUCCAUAAAUUGACAAUAUUCAAUAAAACAUCAAAAGAUAAGUCUGUUCUGGUCUUAUGCUUCCAGAAUUAAACACAUGAAUUAUGAGUGAGUUUACGAAGUGAAUGUACCGUGGAAAGCUAGCGUGGCAAGUCCCCGUCAAAUAAAAUAACGUCUGAAGUUGGAAGUUGACAAUACAUGCUGCAUGCAUUAUUUAGGCCAUAUUUAGGUUGAAUCAAGGAAGCAUGCAGUCAAUUAUCUGGCAAACAUAAACUGAGGUAGCCGGAGUUUUAUUGGUACGAUCUUCCAUUAGUAGAAUGGAUUUGUACAGUGACAAUACCAAACAACAAUAAAUUAUACGGUAAACACAACUGUGUGUCUUUGAAUUGUCAGUGAACUGUUUCGCGAGAUGUGCUACACAUAAUUUAAUUUUAAUUAACGUGAUCACUGUAUCCGUUAUGUAUUUGUAUUUUUUCAUUUAAAUGGUCUUUGCUUGGUCAUCGCUGACGGGCUAAACAGACAUUAACAUUUCAUUAUCACUAUUGUGCCCAUCACACCGUACACAUUUAAACCUUUUUGUCCAAGCAUAAUCACUGAGAAAAUUAUUUACGAUUAUUUUUCAUAGCAUGAUCUCAUUAAUUUUUCUAUAUCUCAUUUAGUGCCAUAAUAUACACUCCUACGAGGUUCUGUGAUCUGUUGUCUGUCACUCGAAUUUGUACUUUUCUCAAAUAUUUAAUCCCAUGUUAAUGUGCCAGGGGAGUCACUUAGAAAUGAAACUUACACCAGGGCUAUAGCUUCAAACUCCUUUAAAAUAACGAAUAUUGUUUCGUGUUAUUUCUCCUGAUGUGAAUUCAAAUCCUUCGUAUAAAAGUAAAUUAAAAUUUAUAAUUUCAAGUUUCUUUGAACAUUUUACAAAUAAUCUAAUGUACCAGCAGAUUGUAUGAACUUGUUGUACCAAUAUUUUUUUUAUAAGGAAUGUGUUUAAAGGCCGAGCAUUUUUUCAGAAACAGUUUUAUGGGUAUUGGUCACCUGCAAACCACUUUAUUGAGAUUAGUUUUAUCAUAAAAAUUACAUAGGGUAGUUACUUGUUGGCCUUGUUCUGAUUAAUUAGAAUGUUUUCCUUGAAAAAAAUGAGAUUCCUUAUCUAGUUAACCAGCUAUCUAUGCUAAUGUUGAGGACUUCAAAUGGAUGUCGUUCACAUUCACUCCAUAUUUGGUAUCAGUCAGCCAAUACUCUCAGGUGCAUAUGCAUUUCAGCCGUAGAUAAGAUCUGUACCCGUAUGAAUCUCGUAACAUUAGCUAUUUGUCUGUUCCAAGUGACAAACUCGGACCAUUAAGUCAGAUCCACCAGGUACUGUUUGUUGACAUGUAUGCCAGAGAUUUUGAGCCGAGUUCCUAUAUUCCUACCAGAUUAGCCUUCAGUAAAUAUUUGUACAUACAGCCAUGAAAUGCAUUCUGUAAAUGAAAAUAUUAUAAUGUAGGCCUUAAUAUAACUACCCUGCCCACCCCUUACAACUCCUGUGGUACAGCCUUUAUCAAUGGAUAGCAGGGUCCACUCUGGUUGUACGGGUAGGGAGGGAUUAAUAGAAGUGUGGAGAAGACUACAUUAAUAACAGUGGCUGUCCAGUGGAUUGCAUUUCCUGCGAUAAGUUGACACGAGAUAAAAUGACAAGCUUAUUGGCAUCACUAUCAAUGGGGGUUUUCCAGGCAGGAUACGGAGUAUUUGUAUUGUUACAUUAUGUGGUUAGGACGUAAACCAUCAAUUAUUCAUUGUGUGCGAUUCGGGCAGUAUCGGGUUAUAACAAUUUGAUGACAGGGAUGCCGGUCACUAUCUACUGUCAUAGGGUUACUCUACCAGCACUCAAUUAAUUUUUCAUUCAAACAGAGAGACACAUUUCAACAUGUUGUGGAUUUUUCAAUCAUAUUUGAAAUUGAUACCAUUUUUUAUAUUUGAUUAGAAUUUCUAUAGUAUCAGAUAAGAAUAUAUGUAUUUAUUUUGUUAUCAAUCGUUAGUUCCAAAGAGAAUAUCUGAUUAUCUGAUGAUAUUUUGACGUAAAGAAUACAUAAUGAUACCGGAUUACAAAACGAAUUCAUGAACCUUUUCUGUGACCAUGUUUAAAGUUCUCUUUCUACUGGCUCAGCUCAUCUAAACAGGUCAUUUCCAGUGUCUCCACUGCGGGUCGAACCUUUUUUUUUACCAGCUUGACAUUCACUGGCAUGGUCUCUAUAGAACGACGUUGUAUACAACCGAGAUUGCUAUAGCCCAUCGUCAUUUUUAUCAACCUAUCGAUGAAACAAGAUACUAAUGUAUUGUUCUACAAUACCAUUUGAAUGGUUUGAAUUGACACAGUGACUGAUGUUUAUGUAAUUUGUACUGUCUGGGUGUUGAUGCUAUCCUGCACCGAUGGCCUUUGUUGAAAGACAUGCAGCAUCUACUAGUGAUCUUGUUACCUAAACAUUGUAAGGUUGAUUUUAUUUGAAACUUAUGGAUAUAAGUGUUGUUUGUACACAGAGACUCGGGUAGACUUACUAAACAUUGACCCCUGGUGUAAGGGUCAUUCCACCUUCGAGGGUUUCAUCAUGGGUUGAACCACUUUGAGUUUGUAGGGGUCAACUGAGAUGACUAGGCAAUGGGCCUGUUUAGGUAAUGUAAAUUGAUAUGCCCAGAGUAACUGGAGAAUAGAGGGAUGACUGGUCAUUCUCAGAGACUGUAUCUGACUAGUCACGUGACUGGUCAGUCAUCCAAAUUAGGUAAUGGUAAUUUGAUAUGCCCAACGGAAGGAAGGGUUAUUAGGUACAGUGCUGGUCAUUCUUAGGAACAGCAGCAGAGUGUUAAGACGUAUAAUAUUUGAUGAACCGCCGCCGUCCCCGCCACACUUCCUUCUCAGAUGGUGCCUGGGUCUAUCUCACGCUUUAGCGCCCUGUACUCAGGGCGAUGUUCUGUCCCAACUUCAAAAAUUGGCACUAGUCCAAGUGAGAAAACACUGCCAGUUGGUCAAGCAUUGGAAAUCAUACCACCCCCUUCCACUGGGAGUUAGGGUUGGGUAGCUCGCUUCCAACAUUCCUGGACUGAAAUUCGGAACAUGUUUAUAUUCUUGUGCUAAGGCAUCUACAUGAGGUUUUUACUUCAUUGUGAUGCAUAUUUUACAUAACAUUACGUAAUACCCCCAAGAUAUAAAUAUAUAAUAUACUCCUUUCAUACGUCAUACAUGCUCAUACACCGUCCCACCAAGCUGUCACACAGCCAGGACGGCACCGUCCAACCAAGCUGUCACACAGCCAGGACAGCAUGUUAUGAAAGUGAGUUUUUAGUCUUCCUAUUACUUCCCUUCAUACAUGCUCAUACGCUAAGGAUCCGUCCCACCAAGCUGUGGAGCUAGCAGGACAGCAUGUAUGAAGGUGAAUAAAUUAGUCAUAUGAAGUAAACGUGUCACAAGCUAUCUCGCGCGCAACGAGGCGUCAUUGAGGACACGCGCCCCUCAAAUGACUUGUAGGUGACACGUCGACUAUAUGACACAGCUGAGAUAGCCCCUUAACCCAAAUAUAGGUAGGAUAAAUCAUAGUAUAAUGAAAAUAAAUAUCUAGAAACAUAUACAUUGCUUUGAGUCUUUUGUGUAUAAAUUAAUACUUAUGGAUAUAAGUGUUGUUUGUACACAGAGACUCGGGUAGACUUACUAAACAUUGACCCCUGGUGUAAGGGUCAUUCCACCUUCGAGGGUUUCAUCAUGGGUUGAACCACUUUGAGUUUGUAGGGGUCAACUGAGAUGACUAGGCAAUGGGCCUGUUUAGGUAAUGUAAAUUGAUAUGCCCAGAGUAACUGGAGAAUAGAGGGAUGACUGGUCAUUCUCAGAGACUGUAUCUGACUAGUCACGUGACUGGUCAGUCAUCCAAAUUAGGUAAUGGUAAUUUGAUAUGCCCAACGGAAGGAAGGGUUAUUAGGUACAGUGCUGGUCAUUCUUAGGAACAGCAGCAGAGUGUUAAGACGUAUAAUAUUUGAUGCUCAUCUCAGAAGCAUUAUUGGAUUUUACUCACAGAAAGUUUUCUUGUAAAACUUCCUAUCGUGAAUUUUAUACACUGAAGUUAUAGUUCCAGCCCCGACAACCGCCGAAGAAGAAAGAUUGAAAGUUGGUAAAAUAUUGACUGAGCGGUGUAUAACUGUUAUAUCGUUGUACAACCAGUUUUACAAUUGUGACAUUCUACUUCUGUAUUUUUAGUGUUAAUAUUCUUAAGUGAUAUUUAAACAAUGGCAGAACGUAGAAGCAGAUCGCGUACGAGGAGGACGACGUUGGAUCUUGAAAAUCCGUCUAAUUGGACGGUUAAUCAAUUACGGGAAAAAUUGCAGGGGCUCGGAAUUUGGACGCCGACUACAUUAAGUAGAACUUUUCUGAUACAAAUGUAUCGAGAAAAUAAAGCCCUCAACCAAAACACGACGGUGACUUUUAAUACGCCAAAUGAAAUACGAUCACGUCCAAGCACCGACAUGCCUACUGCUUUGUGUAGGGAAGUGCCGGAAACGGCUGAUGCGCAGACUGCUGCGCAGUCAGACACAAACGCAAGCGUGCACCUGCCGACGACAACAACAAUGGCGGCGCCCAUGACACUGAUGAUGGAGUGCAUCAACGAAUUGAAAAACACUGUAAAUCGGCUUGUGGAAACCAAUUCUGGUCAACGCAGACUGCAAGCUUCAUCAACACCGUCGCCAGCGCCAACAUCGUAUACUUUAUACACAGCGAUUGAGGCGGAGAAAAGCAGGGACAUCGACAGCACUCCACGAGGUAUGUUCACUGAAGGGGGUGUGUCCCCGGAGAAUCUGCCCAUGUUAGAUCUGGUGUCGGCCCCUCUUAGAAAACAAAUAAUUGAGGGAAGGGACAUAAACCUAGCUUCGUUGCUUAUCCCCGAAUACGAGGUCAGCCAGUGUCGAACCAUUUUAACAGAUGGUCUGAGUCUUAAUCUCAGAGCGCCUCAAGACCCCCGCCUGUCCCGACAGCUCGGCAUCAGUGAGUUUAUCACAGCUUUCGGGAAGUAUAAGAGAAUACUCAGCGCAGAGUUCCCCUACAAACGAGACCAACUGGAUAAAUACGAGGCUAUAAUCAUAGAACUCCAUAACAUGUUUGGGGAUAAAUUCUAUGAAUACCAUAGGAUCUUUGCGGCUAGGAGCUGGGAAGCUUUGAGGGAGCACAACAUUCGAGUGAACUGGGCGAUCCGAGACAAGGAGCUGAUCAAUCGCAUCAUGGCAGGGACAAAAACAAACACAUGUGAUUACUGUGGAUCAAUCACACAUACAUCUAGGUUUUUGUAACGCCCAAGAUUUAACAGGAAAACGACUGCAACAGUCACAGCCACAAGGGUUUGGUUUACAAGGGCAGGAAGGAGAGGAGAAAAGGAAAGGGUACAAAACAGGAACAGAUAAGUAUGGGAGAACUAGGACAGCAAGCAAAGGAAAGGAACACUGCAAUAAUUUCAAUGCUGGGAAGUGCCACAGAAACAGAUGUCCGUUCCUCCACCAGUGCAGCACCUGUGACAGUGACACACACCCGGCCUACCUGUGUCAAGUAAAACAACAUGACCAAGGGAAAUACAGGGACGACAUCAAGGACAGAAAACAGUGACUAUCUCAAAAAGAUAUAGAAUGGAAAGCAACAACCCCUGUGGAUGUUUCGGCUUUAAGACAAGAAUUAAGUAAUCAUCCAAACCAGACUUUUGUAGAGUAUUUGUGUGUAGGGUUAGAGGAAGGUUUUGAUACUAUGAUAGAGUUAGAUGGGAUUCUACCAAACAAGGUAUGUAAAAACUUAAAGUCAGCGCUGGUCGAACCAGACAUAGUGUCAGAAUUGAUAGAAAAAGAAAUCAACAAAGGGUUUUUAUUAGGGCCGUUCAAAGAACCUCCAUUCAGUCAUUUUAGGGUGAGCCCUAUUGGUAUAGCAACAGGAAAAUAUUCUAAUAAGAAACGGUUAGUUAUAGAUUUAUCAGCCCCUCAUGAAGAUAGUUCUAAUCCCAGUGUUAAUGAGUUAAUUGACAAAGAUCAGUGCUCACUUUCAUAUGUGAAGAUAGAAGAUGCAACUAAGUUGAUUCAGACUAUUGGACCUGGAGCGGUAAUGUGUAAAACAGACAUAUCAGAUGCUUUUAAGUUGCUACCAAUCCAUCCAUCACAGUGGCACUUGUUUUGCAUUAAAUGGGAGGACUCAUAUUACUUUUACAAAAGAUUAGUUUUUGGAUGUAGAUCAAGUCCUAGGAUUUUUGAUAACUUAUCCAUAGCUGUGUGUUGGAUAGCGAUACAUAAUUACAAUAUUGGAAAUAUUCUCCAUUUAUUAGAUGACUUCAUUACUAUAAAUGAAACUUCAAUAGACGGCUACCAGACAAUGGAAACACUUAAAGGAAUUUUUCAGAAGCUUCACAUUCCUAUGGCCUUGCACAAAACCGAGGGACCGGCAUGUGUCAUUGAGUAUUUAGGCAUUACUUUAGAUUCCUGUGCUAUGGAAGCAAGACUACCACAAAACAAACUAGACAGAAUGAUCGAAAUGAUCAAAUUUUAUCAGAACCGGAAAUCAGUCACCAAACAAGAAGUGUUACAACUUCUAGGACAUUUCAAUUUUGGAUCGAAAGUCAUACCAGCAGGAAGAAGUUUUGUCUCCUAUUUAAUCGCUCUCUCUACGAAAGUGUCAUCACUACGUCAUUAUGUGAAGUUGAAUAAGGAGUGCAGAGAGGAUUUAAGUAUGUGGCUCCAUCUUUUAACAGAUUGGAAUGGGAUAGCAUUGUUCAGGGACCCAUGGCUGACACAAGCGGAGGAUUUGGAGUUAUUCACCGAUGCAUCAUCAACAUUAGGAUAUGGAGGUUUUUAUCAAGGAAAAUGGUUUGCUGCGCCAUGGCCAGAUGUGCUAAAAUUAGAACAGGAGCAUUCAAGCAGAAGCAAAAGAAAGACAACCACAGGAUCAGACAGUAUUUCUAUGGCUUAUAGGGAGUUAUAUCCAAUUGUCGUAGCCAGCAUUCUCUGGGGAAAUUUAUGGGAAAGAAAACGCAUACUUAUGUGGUGUGACAAUGCAGCAACAGUGGAAAUUAUAAAUAAGGGCAGGUCUAAGGUAACAAACAUUAUGCCCUUAAUGAGGAGGCUAACUGUGUGCUCUAUUCAUUAUAAUUUCACCAUUUAUGCAGAACAUAUCCCAGGCAAAUGUAACUCUAUCGCCGAUGCCUUAUCUCGAUUCCAGAUAGACAGAUUCCGGAAACUAGCACCAGGAGCAGAUCGGGUGCCCCACACGGUACCCAAGUUCAAGGAGGUCAUCUGGAACUCGACACCAUA